AUGUUCCGCCGCGAGAUGCCUUCUCACCAGCAGCCUCACGAGGCGCCCCAGCAGCAGGCACCACCACCCCAAUCCUAUGAGACUCACCCAGAGUACGUGCAACGGCGCAUCGCCACCAACCCAGCCUUUGCGCACAAACUGUCACAGAUGCGUCUCUGCCUGUCGCCUCUUGUACAGGUCAACACCGGCUGGGUGCACCCUGCCUUUCCCCAGUCCGUCCUGCACUUCUGGCUCCUCACGGACAGUCAGCUGGAAGGCUUGGCGAGCUUCUACCACCAGCGCACGCCGUCGACACUGUCGCGCCAGUACCCCUGCCCCAUCAAUUGGCGAUCUGAUCUGCCCUUGGAGGAGAAGCGCAGGAAGAUUGGGCGCUUCAUUGGACUUCGAGGCUGCGAGAGCCCAAUCAUCUUGAAGACGGAAGAGGAGAUUGCCGAGGAGGCGAGGAUGGCGCGAUUGAGAGAGGACGAGGAGAUGUGGAGGCGAAAGAACGCUCCCUGGUGA